UUAAUAAUAUUCUGUGAUAGUGAGGUACAGUGAUUAUAGUUUAAGUACACCUAAAGAUAUUUUUGUAUAUUCCAGUAUUUUCCGUGCUUGGUGCGUGUCGACUCGACUGUCUAGCGCUCACUCCUCACCAGCGCUGACGGGCUCCCGAUAAAUUGUUUAUUAUAAUCAUUUUAUUACUGAAGUCGGGUUAUCAUUCUUGUUUUGCCGAUUGCUAGACCACGUGUAGCUCCAGUUCAGUCCAUCGUUUAAUAUUGGUUCAUCAUCGACGAUCGUUCGAGAUCACAGUUUACAGAGCAGUGUACACUAUACAAGAACAGCUGUAUAGUUGUCUUUGAGCUGUUUGAAAUCACUUGUUGAUAAAAACAUCCCAGGUUGUUGUUGUUAACAAGUGACUUUUACUCAAUUUUUUUCCACUAGUAUUCUUUGUAUUUUGUCAAAAUAAUAAUGACUUCAAAGUCAUUCUUAGAUGAAUUUGGGGACAGUUUGGCAAACCUUCCUGUAGAGUUGCAUCGAAACUUCACUCUGAUGCAAGAACUCGAUUCAAGAUCUCAAAAACUGAUGACCGAAAUUGACAAUAUUGCAGGAAAUUAUAUGUCAAAUGUCCAAAAAAACUCGAAAGAAGAGAAGAAAGAAACUAUGGCAAGCAUUCAACGUAAGUUUGACGCAGCUAAAGAAUUAAGUGAUGAUAAAAUUCAGUUAUCCACACAAGCGUAUGAGUUGGUGGAUAAACGAAUUUUGACAUUAGAUUCAGAAAUAGCAAGAUUUAAAGCUAAAAUUAAAUUGAAGUCUGAAAUGAGUGAUGCUGCCAUCAAAGCUAAAAAAAAUUUACAAACAAAAACAGGAGGUACAAAAAUGACAAGUGCUGCACCUUCAGUCAGUGCUGUCUCUGAUCCAACAAGCUCAGUUACAGUGGAGACUAAAUCCCUUACAGGUGCAUUAGUUGAUGCAGGCGUUGCACAUUCAGUUUAUGCAGACAUGCCUAUCGAUCCCAACGAACCAACAUUUUGUUUAUGCAACCAAGUAUCCUUUGGAGAAAUGAUAGGUUGUGAUAAUCCAGAUUGCGCUAUUGAUUGGUUCCACUUUGCAUGCGUCAAUUUAGUUGCAAAGCCCAAAGGAAUAUGGUUUUGUCCAAAAUGUGCAAAAGACAAGAAGAAAAAAUAACACAUUCUUAAAUUAAAAUGUAUUAUAUAUUUAUAGGUACAUGUAUGUGUACCUAUGAAUGUACGAUUAAUAUUACAUUAUUUAAUUUUGUGUUAAUUUUUAUUGUGAACAAUUGACUGUAAUUAUUUUAAUUUUU